AAACUUCCUCACGAACUGACUAGUGGGACGGGCUUCAUGGAGGAGCAGUGGACUGGCACUCCCGCGCGAGGGCACUUCUUCCGAUGCUUGCAGCUUAAAAGAAACACCUUAUCCGAAUGGACUGAACUGUAUGUUCGUUGGUCGGGAUGAUCAUCUACUGCCCUCACCUGUUGGUCCCGGCAGGUGGAGGGGACAUCAUGGAGCCGACGUUCAAUGCAACACCACAAACCGAGGCGAACCCCGCGUCGUCCACGCAAUCAAUAUACGUAUGAAAUUACAGGCACCAACUUGGCAGCUGAGUAUAAAGAUGAUCCAAGAUCGACUCUCACCAGCAACUUAGGGGUAGCAUAACUCUUAACAGAUCUUCUUUGCCAUUUAUACUCUCCCGAAUCGCACCUUCAGACUGAAUCAUGGCAUCUCUAUCGCUCAGGCAGUUUCUCGAGUACAUUCGGGCCUUCAAUGCCAAAGACUACCGGAAACAACACUCCUUCUACCACCCAGAUGUCCGUCUUGUCAUUCCCGACCCGGAGGUGGGAACCCUCGUGGGGUCCGAAGGCAUCAUGAAUCACUAUGCUGUACUUCAUGCCACCGCGGAGGAGACCGUCGUCCCCAUACUGGUCAUGGUUGACCAAGGGCACAUUUUCUUCGUGAUGGAGACAUAUUUUCGCUACUGCCAGGCCACAGACCGCGCUGUCCACGGGUACAAGGCACAAGCCGGAGAUGUGAUCAAGGUCACCGUGUGGGCACUGUACGACAUGGACGGUGGAAAGAUGAAGCACAUUACUUGCAACGGGCUCCACCAUGAAUUCCUUGGCACGGCGGAUGUGAAUCAACGGAUCAACGAGAGCUGGAGUCGAGCAGACAGUACGGUCAAGCGUUGCUGGGGCUCUGCUUCGCUGCUCUAGAAAGUAUUCGUACUCCGACUAGAAUACUGGACAUCAUACUCAUACAUCGUUCAUUAUCUAUCAGUACACUUCCCACCAUAGUAUACACAUCAUCAACCCACAACCUCCAAACCACAAACGCACCAAGAUC